AUUGUUCCGCGGUUUUUGGUACUGUUCGCACGUACUUCUUUCUCCUGCUUCCGCUUGUACUCUUCCUUGGCACGAUCUUGGUAUUCGUUCAAUACCACGAGAUCGCCAACCAAAUAAAUCUGGUUACGUUCAACCAUCGCCUUCUGAUUUACCUGGCACGUGUUUCUUGGUAGCGGUGUUCAUAGUUAAUCCCAAUUCGAUACCACGCUACAAUUGGUGACCCAAGUUCUGGAACACGCCUCAACCUCUGGUCAAAUCUUCCAAAGAAGCCAAUUUGGUGAGCCUAUGAUUUAUCUAUCCACGUCUGUCUUAUAUUUUCAUAUUUUUAAAUAUAUAAUAUACUCGACAUGACGGAUAACGAUAAGAAUAGUAUUAAUAUUAUAGACUCACAUGUAUGUGUACCGAAUCCUUGUCACUUUUUAUUCGCGUGACGAUGAAUUCCACGCUUUAUUCGAGAAAUUUUCCCCUAUUAACUAUUCUCCUCGCUGACCCGGCUGCUUGGUACGGAAUGCAUUCGUAAACGCAUUAACGUCUACCUCCCAGCAUCAAAUGGUUAAGUUGAACGGUUUCAUUGCCAACUUGAAAGUGCUCUACGAGCACACGAGAACGACAACUGGUACGAAACCUUAUCGCUCGUCCUCUUAGGUAUUCGAACGAGCUUGAAGGCAGAUAUACAAUGUUCCGCCGCUAAACUGGUAUACGGCACGACAUUGCGUCUGCCCGGAGAAUUCUUCACACCACGGAGCAGACCUGAUUUCGGUAAAUCAGACUACGUCCAUCGACUGUCUGCAUUUAUGCGAACGCUGUCUCCGGUGUCAACUCGAAUACAACAUCGACAGGUCGCUCUCCCUCGAGAGUUAUCUACCUGUUCACAUGUUUUCAUACGAGUAGAUUCGGUACGCAAACCUUUGCAACAACCUUACGAAGGCCCUUUUCACGUGAUCGCUCGUCACGAAAAGACCUUCAAGGUUGAUCGACACGGCCGCGUCGAGAUCGUCAGCGUUGAUCGUCUCAAACCAGCACACGUCGAUGACAGUGCCCUAUCUGAUACCCUGAGAUUCAAUGCUAGACCUAUCAAACCUAGCGGGAUCCUUAAAUAGUCUUCAGGUCCCACGCUAGAUACAUCUGAGACCUCAUUCUCACGUCCCGGUCAUCAGCACGCGUCAUCUGCACCGUCUACGGACGAGACGACAGUCUCACGUCCAGAUCAGCAGACCACGCCGCCUCUGACCUCGAAUGAGAUUGCAGGCUCACGAGAUACGAACGAGACUAUCGUCUCACGUUCCGGUCGCCGAGUACGUUUGCCCGUACGCUUCCGCGACUAGUCGCACAGUCAACAACCGAUACGGUGUAGGAUUAUUCCUAUGCUACACGCAUGCUACACUCUUCUCUUUUUUGAUUUUCCUUUUGUUUCCUGAGCCCACGCCAUCGACCUUCUCCGUUUGGUUCCGUCGACUUCAGUCAACUUUGGCGAAAGCUGGAUUGGCCACCCACGCUCUUGUCAACGUGCCCAGUCGAUAUUUUUGUUUCGAAUGCUUGGCAUACGCUUGGUCUCGAACUUGGUCGUUACGGUCGCUUCUGGUCUUUUGGCUCAACGUGGUUUCGUCCUACGUCUGCAACGUUUCUGGUCCGGACCCCUACGAACGAAAUCUUCAGAUUCUGGAUACAAACCACUCGUGUGGCAUGCCAACUCAAGCAAAAAUAUACAGCACAUCGCUCCUGGUACCGUUCUCCGAAAACGACCUUCGUUGGCAACUCGACGAUCAACGAUCGCUUUCCUGUUCGCCAAUUCUUCCGUCCUACAAUCGCUCGUCAGCCGAUCAGUCCCACGAUUUAAACCGCUAUUUAUCGAAAGUGUAAACCCUUUCUAGCGGGCGGCUCCUGUAGUGACUCACAUUUAUCACGAGAACACGACUGGUUUAAUAAAAACAAUUAUUAUUAUUAUAACCAACUGUACCAGUGUUUGUUUUGAUGUGCUUUUGUUUAACUGUGCUAAUCAUAGCCAUUUUGUGCUUCCAUUACCUUCCAUCAUUGUUCCGCGGUUUUUGGUACUGUUCGCACGUACUUCUUUCUCCUGCUUCCGCUUGUACUCUUCCUUGGCACGAUCUUGGUAUUCGUUCAAUACCACGAGAUCGCCAACCAAAUAAAUCUGGUUACGUUCAACCAUCGCCUUCUGAUUUACCUGGCACGUGUUUCUUGGUAGCGGUGUUCAUAGUUAAUCCCAAUUCGAUACCACGCUACAAUUGGUGACCCAAGUUCUGGAACACGCCUCAACCUCUGGUCAAAUCUUCCAAAGAAGCCAAUUUGGUGAGCCUAUGAUUUAUCUAUCCACGUCUGUCUUAUAUUUUCAUAUUUUUAAAUAUAUAAUAUACUCGACAUGACGGAUAACGAUAAGAAUAGUAUUAAUAUUAUAGACUCACAUGUAUGUGUACCGAAUCCUUGUCACUUUUUAUUCGCGUGACGAUGAAUUCCACGCUUUAUUCGAGAAAUUUUCCCCUAUUAACUAUUCUCCUCGCUGACCCGGCUGCUUGGUACGGAAUGCAUUCGUAAACGCAUUAACGUCUACCUCCCAGCAUCAAAUGGUUAAGUUGAACGGUUUCAUUGCCAACUUGAAAGUGCUCUACGAGCACACGAGAACGACAACUGGUACGAAACCUUAUCGCUCGUCCUCUUAGGUAUUCGAACGAGCUUGAAGGCAGAUAUACAAUGUUCCGCCGCUAAACUGGUAUACGGCACGACAUUGCGUCUGCCCGGAGAAUUCUUCACACCACGGAGCAGACCUGAUUUCGGUAAAUCAGACUACGUCCAUCGACUGUCUGCAUUUAUGCGAACGCUGUCUCCGGUGUCAACUCGAAUACAACAUCGACAGGUCGCUCUCCCUUGAGAGUUAUCUACCUGUUCACAUGUUUUCAUACGAGUAGAUUCGGUACGCAAACCUUUGCAACAACCUUACGAAGGCCCUUUUCACGUGAUCGCUCGUCACGAAAAGACCUUCAAGGUUGAUCGACACGGCCGCGUCGAGAUCGUCAGCGUUGAUCGUCUCACACCAGCACACGUCGAUGACAGUGCACUAUCUGAUACCCUGAGAUUCAAUGCUAGACCUAUCAAACCUGGCGGGGUCCUUAAAUAGUCUUCAGGUCCCACGCUAGAUACAUCCGAGACCUCAUUCUCACGUCCCGGUCAUCAGCACGCGUCAUCUGCACCGUCUACGGACGAGAUGACAGUCUCACGUCCAGAUCAGCAGACCACGCCGCCUCUGACCUCGAACGAGAUUGCAGGCUCACGAGAUACGAACGAGACUAUCGUCUCACGUUCCGGUCGCUGGGUACGUUUGCCCGUACGCUUCCGCGACUAGUCGCACAGUCAACAACCGAUACGGUGUAGGAUUAUUCCUAUGCUACACGCAUGCUACACUCUUCUCUUUUUUGAUUUUCCUUUUGUUUCCUGAGCCCACGCCAUCGACCUUCUCCGUUUGGUUCCGUCGACUUCAGUCAACUUUGGCGAAAGCUGGAUUGGCCACCCACGCUCUUGUCAACGUGCCCAGUCGAUAUUUUUGUUUCGAAUGCUUGGCAUACGCUUGGUCUCGAACUUGGUCGUUACGGUCGCUUCUGGUCUUUUGGCUCAAAGUGGUUUCGUCCUACGUCUGCAACGUUUCUGGUCCGGACCCCUACGAACGAAAUCUUCAGAUUCUGGAUACAAACCACUCGUGUGGCAUGCCAACUCAAGCAAAAAUAUACAGCACAUCGCUCCUGGUACCGUUCUCCGAAAACGACCUUCGUUGGCAACUCGACGAUCAACGAUCGCUUUCCUGUUCGCCAAUUCUUCCGUCCUACAAUCGCUCGUCAGCCGAUCAGUCCCACGAUUUAAACCGCUAUUUAUCGAAAGUGUAAACCCUUUCUAGCGGGCGGCUCCUGUAGUGACUCACAUUUAUCACGAGAACACGACUGGUUUAAUAAAAACAAUUAUUAUUAUUAUAACCAACUGUACCAGUGUUUGUUUUGAUGUGCUUUUGUUUAACUGUGCUAAUCAUAGCCAUUUUGUGCUUCCAUUACCUUUCAUCAUUGUUCCGCGGUUUUUGGUACUGUUCGCACGUACUUCUUUCUCCUGCUUCCGCUUGUACUCUUCCUUGGCACGAUCUUGGUAUUCGUUCAAUACCACGAGAUCGCCAACCAAAUAAAUCUGGUUACGUUCAACCAUCGCCUUCUGAUUUACCUGGCACGUGUUUCUUGGUAGCGGUGUUCAUAGUUAAUCCCAAUUCGAUACCACGCUACAAUUGGUGACCCAAGUUCUGGAACACGCCUCAACCUCUGGUCAAAUCUUCCAAAGAAGCCAAUUUGAUCGCCAACCAAAUAAAUCUGGUUACGUUCAACCAUCGCCUUCUGAUUUACCUGGCACGUGUUUCUUGGUAGCGGUGUUCAUAGUUAAUCCCAAUUCGAUACCACGCUACAAUUGGUGACCCAAGUUCUGGAACACGCCUCAACCUCUGGUCAAAUCUUCCAAAGAAGCCAAUUUGGUGAGCCUAUGAUUUAUCUAUCCACGUCUGUCUUAUAUUUUCAUAUUUUUAAAUAUAUAAUAUACUCGACAUGACGGAUAACGAUAAGAAUAGUAUUAAUAUUAUAGACUCACAUGUAUGUGUACCGAAUCCUUGUCACUUUUUAUUCGCGUGACGAUGAAUUCCACGCUUUAUUCGAGAAAUUUUCCCCUAUUAACUAUUCUCCUCGCUGACCCGGCUGCUUGGUACGGAAUGCAUUCGUAAACGCAUUAACGUCUACCUCCCAGCAUCAAAUGGUUAAGUUGAACGGUUUCAUUGCCAACUUGAAAGUGCUCUACGAGCACACGAGAACGACAACUGGUACGAAACCUUAUCGCUCGUCCUCUUAGGCAUUCGAACGAGCUUGAAGGCAGAUAUACAAUGUUCCGCCGCUAAACUGGUAUACGGCACGACAUUGCGUCUGCCCGGAGAAUUCUUCACACCACGGAGCAGACCUGAUUUCGGUAAAUCAGACUACGUCCAUCGACUGUCUGCAUUUAUGCGAACGCUGUCUCCGGUGUCAACUCGAAUACAACAUCGACAGGUCGCUCUCCCUUGAGAGUUAUCUACCUGUUCACAUGUUUUCAUACGAGUAGAUUCGGUACGCAAACCUUUGCAACAACCUUACGAAGGCCCUUUUCACGUGAUCGCUCGUCACGAAAAGACCUUCAAGGUUGAUCGACACGGCCGCGUCGGGAUCGUCAGCGUUGAUCGUCUCACACCAGCACACGUCGAUGACAGUGCACUAUCUGAUACCCUGAGAUUCAAUGCUAGACCUAUCAAACCUGGCGGGAUCCUUAAAUAGUCUUCAGGUCCCACGCUAGAUACAUCCGAGACCUCAUUCUCACGUCCCGGUCAUCAGCACGCGUCAUCUGCACCGUCUACGGACGAGAUGACAGUCUCACGUCCAGAUCAGCAGACCACGCCGCCUCUGACCUCGAACGAGAUUGCAGGCUCACGAGAUACGAACGAGACUAUCGUCUCACGUUCCGGUCGCCGAGUACGUUUGCCCGUACGCUUCCGCGACUAGUCGCACAGUCAACAACCGAUACGGUGUAGGAUUAUUCCUAUGCUACACGCAUGCUACACUCUUCUCUUUUUUGAUUUUCCUUUUGUUUCCUGAGCCCACGCCAUCGACCAUCUCCGUUUGGUUCCGUCGACUUCAGUCAACUUUGGCGAAAGCUGGAUUGGCCACCCACGCUCUUGUCAACGUGCCCAGUCGAUAUUUUUGUUUCGAAUGCUUGGCAUACGCUUGGUCUCGAACUUGGUCGUUACGGUCGCUUCUGGUCUUUUGGCUCAACGUGGUUUCGUCCUACGUCUGCAACGUUUCUGGUCCGGACCCCUACGAACGAAAUCUUCAGAUUCUGGAUACAAACCACUCGUGUGGCAUGCCAACUCAAGCAAAAAUAUACAGCACAUCGCUCCUGGUACCGUUCUCCGAAAACGACCUUCGUUGGCAACUCGACGAUCAACGAUCGCUUUCCUGUUCGCCAAUUCUUCCGUCCUACAAUCGCUCGUCAGCCGAUCAGUCCCACGAUUUAAACCGCUAUUUAUCGAAAGUGUAAACCCUUUCUAGCGGGCGGCUCCUGUAGUGACUCACAUUUAUCACGAGAACACGACUGGUUUAAUAAAAACAAUUAUUAUUAUAACCAACUGUACCAGUGUUUGUUUUGAUGUGCUUUUGUUUAACUGUGCUAAUCAUAGCCAUUUUGUGCUUCCAUUACCUUCCAUCAUUGUUCCGCGGUUUUUGGUACUGUUCGCACGUACUUCUUUCUCCUGCUUCCGCUUGUACUCUUCCUUGGCACGAUCUUGGUAUUCGUUCAAUACCACGAGAUCGCCAACCAAAUAAAUCUGGUUACGUUC